GAAAAGAAAAAAGGUGUGUGGGGGGAUUUAAACAGUCGGAGGCAGAGGCGUCCCAAAACGGCCAAAGCGAAAAUCAAUCACAUAAUUAAAACGGGGAAGAGGCGAGGCUGAAGCUAGGGGCCGAGGAUGCUGAGGGCACUGCCAGACCACAGCCGGGGCGGCAGGCCCAGGGGCCGCUGGAAGUUUGACGUAGAUCUUGGGGCAUCCCCGCUAGGCUGGGAUGGGAAGCAGAGCAGGCCAGGGCUCCUCUCCCAAGCUGGAUUCUGGAGCCAGCGAUGGCCCCAUUCUGGGGCUCCCCCAUUUUUGUGGGGUUGUGGCCUCCAGGUUCAGGGUUGCUCCCCCAGGCACCAGUGGUGGCACGGAUCUGUCUGGGCAAGUGUUGAGGGCUGGGUCUAGGGAGCACCAAGACCAAGACGCUACCUCUGGGUUGGACGGGGCAAUGUAGGGAGAUGGCACCCUAACUUCAGGCAUCUGAGUAGAGCCCAUCACCUGGGUUUCCCAUCACCAGGGGUCUAGACUGGCUUCCAUAUAAAGACCCAGGCUGGGAAGGGAGCUGGGAGGUGGGGGGCACAUUCAAGAGGGAACUUGAGGCUAAACAGACUCAGACUGAAGCCCUUUGGGCAGGGCAGGGAAAGGGGCAGCUCCUGGGAGCCAGGGGAGGAUGGUCUUGUAAUUGUGGAGGUUAAUGGUGGUGACUGUCUGGCUGGUGGUAGUCAGUCCCAUGCUGUCCUCCCCCCAAAAGUCAAGGGUGCUUCAACUUGAUGUGAUUGGGAAGAAUAAAAUGACCUUCCCUCACUUCUCUUGCCCUCUUCCACUCCUUUGCAGUUCCAGAAAAAGAGAAACCUUUUAAGAUCCGCCAUCACCCCCAUCCUGUUUCUGUUUCCUCCAGUUCCGCUAACAUUCACCAUCUCUCCCAGAGCAUCUCUGUCCUGGUGAGCGAGCUGAGCUGGGGUUUGACUUGCUGGCACCUUGUCCAGUGAAUUCAUAGCUUCCUGGGGAUUCUGUGUCUGACCCUGGAGGAGACCUAGGACUCUCUUGCCUGCUCCAGGGAGUCCUUCCUCUGUCCUUAGCCUCCUUGGUCCUGCCUGCCUGACUCCAGAGGCACCUGACAGUUCAGGGAGCAAGUACAGAUCAGGUUUUUUUGAGAUGCAGCCCCACCCCCUAAAGGGUUCUCAGAUUUAGCUUGGCUCCUUAAUUCUGGGGUGCACCAGGCACAAGCCAUCCUAAAACUAACCCAAUUCCUUGGUCUUUCAAAACCAGUAUUUAGGCUUCUUAAAAAAACAAUAAAAGUCUUUCUCCCCCUCUAAUGGGAAAGUUUAGGUGACACAGUUCCAGCAGCACAAAAGUCUUGCAGCCAUAAGUCAAAUUCUUAACUGACAACAACAAUAGUGAUAAUAAUAAUGAUGACAGUGUGAACCAAAGGGAGAAAGGGACCCUGCCAGUCCAAGUUUUGGGGGUGUGUGGAGUGGAAUAACUCAGCAGCCUUGGAUGGGAAUGGGGUUCUGCAUGGCCAGGAUGAGCAAGGAAGGGGGUGGGGAACCCAACCUCUAACUAACAAUUUCUCCAGCAUAAAAAUGAAACAUCAAAUUCGUUAGCCCAGGGCCUUCAUUUUUCCCCUUCUACAUUAUAACUAGUUAUUGAACUCACUGGAAGAUCUAAAGGCCAUUUGCGAAGAGACAAAUUUCAAUGGAGUUUCCCCAUCAAUAACCCCAUGGCAGUGACCUAUUGGAACAAGUCAAACACCCGAGGUGAAAUGCAGGUCACUCUGUCUAACCAAUAUUAAAAUGCGGCCACUUUUUAAAAAGCCACUUUAAACGAGAUUUAAGGAAAAUUGAAUUCCAAGGAAGGGAAGGCAAGGUGGGGUGAAAUCCAUGAGAGGACCUUGCCUAUGGUCUUGGAACAAACAGGAGAAAUUUAUCUUUAAUAUUUUAAAGGGGGACAAAUUAACAUUCCAUGAUUGCUUUUUUUUUUUUUUUUUCUCAGACUAUAAGCGAUUCCAGGAGAAGGAAGGAGGGGGAAAAAAAGGUUGAGUAUUUUUUCUGGUGACACAUCCGGCUUAUUAAAAUCAUUUUAGACCAAUCCAUUACUUUUACUGACAAGAGAGUUAAGGAAAAAAAUCAAUUAAGCAUUUGCAUAUUCUUUUGCAUACAUUAGCCCUGCCGACUGGCUUUAGGAAUGGACACACACACACACACACACACACACACACACACACAUAUACCAUCCACGCACAAAUGGGGUAAGAGUCUGGGAUUAGUGUGGCAGUUCAAGUAGCUUGGAGAAAAAAAUAAAAAUAAUGACUUAUUGCCUACCAUCUAAAAGUCAAUUUAUUUGAAGGAGAGAAAAGAGAUACGGUACAUUUUUUAAUCUAUAAAACAACAGCAAAACACAUACACACCACCAUACACACACACCUUACAUACAUACAAAACAAAAAACAAAACAACAACAACCACACACACACACAACACUCAAAAGCCCCUGCAGUGCUGAAGGGGGGGUAUGUGAUUCUGAUGUUUCCUCCUCUUGCUCUCUGAGUCCUGAGUUGGCUCUCCCAUUAAUUUUUUUCUCCCUAGGAAAAUAAUCCAGGGAGUCUGAAGGAUGAGAUUUUCAUGCAGCACAGAAUCUGUGGAGCCGCUGAGGUCUCUCAGCCAGCAGCCUGCUCCUGGGGCGGGGAGGAAUAUGGGUUAUCCAACGGUCAGUAUGGUAAUCUAGGCACAAUAAGGCCUCCAACACAAUGGACACGUAUUUUUCUUCAGCAGUGUCAGAAGGGAAGCGCUUUGUACUGAGCCAUGUUUCCAAAAGAGAAACCAGAUCUCGAGAUUUGGGAGAGGGUUAGGGGCUCUUGCAGAAUGUUUGGGUGCUGGCAAAUGAUGGUCAAGAUUAAAAAUAAAAUUAAGUAAAAUUGGGACAGAGAGAGGUGAAGCAGGGACCUUUGAGCUGGCUAGGCAGAAGGCUUGCACAAAAGGAGAGAGGACCCCGUACUAGGAUCCAGCACAGGCAGGAGCCCAGUCAGGACCCCCAUCUCCACCUAAACCAAUACAAAGGGUAGGAGCUCUUGGAAUGGAUUUUAGCUCUGUGUUUAUAAGAAUGUCCAGGUGAAAGUGUGUAUGUGUGUGUGUGUGUGUGUGUGUGUGUGUGUGUGUAGUAGAGUCUGGCUUGCUAUUUUUUCCUUAGUGGCUUCUUUGCUGUGAAGCCCAAAGAAUUUUCAUUUUUAUUUUAUUAUUAUUAUUAUUUAUUAUUAUUUUGUAAAUGAUGUAGAUGGGUGUGACAAGCUUGAGGCAUUUCACCUUCUGGAUGGAUAUGCAUGUCAAAUUAGUCUUGCAAACUGGAGGAUGAAAACCCUGCAUAUUUAGAGCUGUGCAUGGCGAGAUGUCAGAUUUUAAUAAAUAUGGAGAGUAUGGAGGCAUAUGUACUUGUUAGCCGUAAAAGCUAAAGACAAACUUGAAGGCCAGUGGAAGACUCUCAGUAGUGCUCCCACAGGCUGGGCUUGGCUGGGUUUCUAGCUCCUGCUUCCUGGUGGGUCCCACCUGCAGAAGCUCAGGCCCCUGGGAUGGGAGUGUAGGAUGGGCAGUGUCUGGGAAGGACUCCCAAACAGACCCAAGAACCUAAUGAAGGAAAGAGAGUUGCAGCUCUCUCUGGGAGGAGGGGAGCCAGGCUAAGAUCUCACCUGGCCAGGUGUGGCAGAGGCUCUCCUGGCUGCCAGCAGUAGGGGGAGGGGCAGCCCAUCCAGAUGCAGGCCCAGAAAGGGGGGCGGGUAGGGGCUAGGGCUAGAGGAUUUCUCCUCUCCCAUCAAUCCUUACCCUUCCAUUCUAAGAGAACACCCUGGAACUUGGGUUCUGACUGGUCAGUCUGGGGCUUGAGUUGAGACUUUUUAUUUAAGAAAGUAUUCAGCAUUGGCUUCCCUUUACCUCCUUCCAGCCACUUGGAAUUACCAGCGUCCCCCCCCCCCAAAAAUACUAAAAUUCAAAGCCUUACACAGUCCACAACUAGCAACUCAAAGCAGCCAUCUCAUCCUCUUUACAAUUUCAAGUUCCCCUUCCAGUCAAACCAGCCAGCCCUUUCCAGAAGUCUCCCAAGUCAGUCAUGAGUGGGCAGCAAGUCUGGGCAUCUCAAGGAAGCCUUAGUCCACCUCCAGGGGAUUCCUGCUCACCCCACAACCUGCUGAUGGGGGGGGGGUACAGUCUUUUUAGAGGAACAUAUCUAGAGAACCCCAUCCCUGAGACCUGGGGAGCCUGGGGUGAGUGUUGGGGCACUGGAGGAGGGGAGUCCAGGCACCCCUGUCCUUCUAGCCCUUAGGGCGAACCCUUAUUUGAAGGUGGGGACCCUCUGCUGUAGACCAGAGGUGAAAGGAGACAGAAUGGGAACCUCCAGCCUCCCUCUCACAGGGGCUUGAUUUUUUUCUUCCCUUUCCCUUCCUCAUUCUCUUAAUUGCAGAUGUUCUAAUUAAACCCUCAAAUAGUUGUUAUGCCAUUUUAAAAGGUACUUAUUCAAGUGUCAACCAGGCUGGGCUGGGAGGAGGCAGCGUAGGGUGGCGAAUUAAAGGUAGAUUGACUAAUCAGGGCGGCGAUCAUAAUAAUAAAAUCAGAGGGAAAAAAAUCACAUUACGACUUUUCGUGGAAAGGAGGGAGCAGGCAGCCAGCGGCCGCCAGCCCAGUGCCGCUGCCGACACAAAGAGUGCGGGCUAUUCCGCGAGACUGAUUUAUGACGUUUUACAGCCCUAUAAAAGCUGUAGCGACGAGGCAAGCGCUCCUACCACCGCUGGCAGAUUUAGUCUAAUAAAUAAAACAUAAACAGUUAACUUUAUGUGUCACUUUUAUUGUUAUCAAGUAAAAUAUAGCUGAGCCCGGCAAGCUAUGAUUUUAAACUAUAAUUGUUAUCAAGUACAACAAGGGGACCCGGCUCCCUCCCUGGGCUCUCCCUUCUGCCACCCCCCCCCACAACUAUGAGUUAUGGGAUCAGUUAAUUGGAAUCGGUGGCAUGAGGCGGCCACCCGAGCUGGGGGGGGGGGUGUUCUGGAAAGCAAACCUUCCCACCCACUCCCAGCCCUCCAGGGUAUUCCUGUGGGUGGGUGAGUGAAUGGGUAGGUGGGGGUGAUUGAAAUGAGCUGGGGACCUCCAAGGCCCACCCUGCUUCCCCAGUGUGGUAAGCUAGCCCCUGGGUUUCUGCAAGGCCUCCUAGAGCUGGCCCUGGGGAGGGCCUGUUUACAUGUAAACGCAUAGUGUUACAUACAUACAGCAGCCUGGCCUGGCCUGGCCUGGCCGGAAGCAGGCUCUUCUCCCCAGGCAGGCCGGGUCUGCCCUUUGUGGGGAUGGAGGGAGCAGAGCUCCCAGGCCAGGGCUGGGCACCAUGGCUGGCACUGGCCUGUGGCAGCCACUGUCCUCUUUGCCCAGGUUCCUUGGGAAGCAGCUUUGAAGGAAGUUGUCAGCAAGCUGCAGGUAGACAGUGUGGAGAGGGACAGGGCAGCCUGUAGCAGAGUGCCUGGGCCCUGGGCUGGGUCAGGGAGGGCCAGCAUGUCCUCAGGGGAGGUGGGCAAGGCUUCUGAAUUCUGCUUUUGCCAGCCACUUCUGUCUCUCUUCAGUGGGGGGGGGGGCAACUCCCCAGGCCUCCAGCAAUGACAUCAGAAUCCUCUGCAUCCAGCUACCUCUACCUGCCCUGGUUCAGCCAGGAUGGCCUUGCCUGCCCCUUGGCCAGAGGGCUGCGUGAGUGUGGACAGGGAAGGGAGCUCGACACUGGGGUCCUUGGAUGGAUGGGGGGGGCACUGCCAGCUCUCCAGCCUCCAGGGCUCGACCUGUGCCCCUCCCCAUCCAAUCUCCACUCCAGUCCACAUUCAACUUCCUCUUCCUGUGAAAGCCGGGCGCUGCCAACUGACCUCCACCGCCUGAGACGGAAUGCGAAGAAUGAACACUUCUGUAAAGGCCUGGAGACCUCCGCAGAGUUCUGAGCCCCAGUCUCACCACAGCCUCCCCAAUGCCCAGCCUUGCAAGGGAAGCUGGGGGCUUCCCAUCUCUUUUUGCAGGGGGGCUGUCAGUCCGCGGAGAUGGUACUGGGGACCCCCGCCCUUGCCAGACAACCCCCCAUCACCACCACCACCACCACCCCCAGCAGCAGCACCACCACCAGCACCACACACACACAAAAAUUGGAUACAUUUUGAAUAAAGCGAUUCGGUUCCUUAUCCGGGGACUGGAUUGCUCCGUGUGAUUGGCCGGUGGAGUCACAUGGUGAAAGUAACUUUACAGGGUCGCUAGCUAGUAGGAGGGCUUUAUGGAGCAGAAAAACGACAAAGCGAGAAAAAUUAUUUUCCACUCCAGAAAUUAAUGAUCAUGAGCUCGUAUUUGAUGGACUCUAACUACAUCGAUCCGAAAUUUCCUCCAUGCGAAGAAUAUUCGCAAAAUAGCUACAUCCCUGAACACAGUCCGGAAUAUUACGGCCGGACCAGGGAAUCGGGAUUCCAGCAUCACCACCAGGAGCUGUACCCACCGCCGCCUCCGCGCCCCAGCUACCCCGAGCGCCAGUACAGCUGCACCAGCCUCCAGGGGCCGGGCAGCUCGCGAGGCCACGGGCCGGCCCAGGCGGGCCACCACCACCCCGAGAAAGCCCAGCCGCUCUGCGAGCCGGCGCCGCUCUCGGGUGCCUCUGCCUCCCCGUCCCCAGCCCCGCCAGCCUGCAGCCAGCCAGCCCCAGACCAUCCCUCCAGCGCCGCCAGCAAGCAGCCCAUAGUCUACCCCUGGAUGAAAAAAAUCCACGUUAGCACGGUGAACCCCAAUUAUAAUGGAGGGGAACCCAAGCGCUCGAGGACAGCCUACACCCGGCAGCAAGUCCUGGAAUUAGAGAAAGAGUUUCAUUACAAUCGCUACCUGACCCGGAGGAGGAGGAUCGAGAUCGCCCACUCGCUGUGCCUCUCUGAGAGGCAGAUUAAAAUCUGGUUCCAAAACCGACGCAUGAAAUGGAAGAAGGACCACCGGCUCCCCAACACCAAAGUCAGGUCAGCGCCCCCGGCAGGCGCUGCGCCCAGCACCCUGUCGACAGCCACCCCGGGUACUUCUGAAGACCACUCCCAGGGCGCCACGCCGCCCGAGCCUCGGGCCGAGGACAUCACCAGGUUAUAGAACGCAGCACACCCUCCCCUCCCCGCGCCGCCCUCUCCUCACACACAAAUUGACUCUUAUUUAUAGAAUUUAAUAUAUAUAUCUAUAUAUUUUUUGGUUCUUUUCUCGCUCCCUCCCACCUUAGUCCUUGUCCAUUCCAAAACAAGACUCACCAGAUAAACAACCAUCCCCCUCCUUCUCUCCCUCCUCCCACAACUAAGGACCCUUGUAAGCAUGUGAUGUUGUCUUAGCAUGGUACCUACUGGGUUGUUGUUGUUUUGUUUUGUUUUUUUUCCAAAGGCAAUUUUUUGGGGGGUAUUUAUUUUUUAAGGAAAAAAAGCUACAAAAAUUAUAUAUUGCAAGGUGCGAUGGUCUGGUUUGGGUGAAUUUCAGGGGGAAAUGAGGGAAAGAAAAAAGGAAAGAGAUUUUUUUUUUCUUUAAAGCCAGUCCUCCUCCUCCUCCUCCUCUCCUUCCUCCUCCCCCUCUCCCCUCUCUAUCCUUAGGCCUUUUGCAUUGAAAAUGCACCAGGGGAGGUUAGUGAGGGGGAAGUCAUUUUAAGGAGAACAAAGCUAUGAAGUUCUUUUGUAUUAUUGUUGGGGGGGAGUCAGGAGGAGAGGGGAAGACAUCAGACAAAGCUAAAUGCAUCUGGAGAGCCUCUCAGAGCUGUUCAGUUUGAGGAGCCAAAAGAAAAUAAAAAUGAACUUUCAGUUCAGAGAGGCAGUCUGUAGGUAGAGUCUCCCUCCCUUCUACUCCCCACCUUGGUCAUUGUGUUUUUGGACUGAAUUUCCUUGAUUAUUGUAAAACUUGCAAUAAAGAAUUUUAGUGUCGAUGUGAAAUGCCCCGUGAUCAAUAAUAAACCAGUGGAUGUGAAUUAGUUUUA